GUUCAUUUAAGAGCACAAUCCCUAUUUUUGGUCAGCAUUGUUGAGACUUGGCGUUAUAAACCCUUUAAAAUCAACCUGUCUAAAAAAACCCCUGUAAAAUCCUUAUUAUUUCUUAUUGCUGUCUUGAAUUUUCUAAUUGCUGGUAACAAAUCAAAAUCAAUUGGGUGUUAAUGAUUCUGCAAAUUAUCAUCUGGGUAUAAGCUGAUAAGGCUCAAUUAUCAUCAUGGAGAGCGGUUUUAAUGGCGGACUUGCGGGAUUUGAUAUUCAUGGGUUUCGCACCAUGGAAGAUUUGGACAUCCCAAACAUAAUGAAGGAAGCCAAGAGCAGGUGGCUCCGUCCCAAUGAGAUCCAUGCUAUACUGUUUAACUAUGCUUAUUUUACCAUCCAUGUCAAACCAGUGAACUUACCAAGAGGGGGCACGAUUGUGUUAUUUGAUCGUAAAAAGCUACGGAAUUUCCGGAAAGAUGGUCACAAUUGGAAGAAGAAAAAAGAUGGAAAAACUGUUAAAGAAGCUCAUGAGCACCUCAAAGUCGGUACUGAAGAAAAAAUACAUGUGUACUAUGCUCAUGGUGAAGAUAACCCAAACUUUGUCCGCAGGUGUUACUGGUUGCUUGAUAAGUCUUUGGAACAUAUAGUGCUUGUUCAUUACCGUGAAACUCAAGAGUUACAGGUUUCUCCAAUCACACCUACAAAUUCAAGUUUCCGUUCGGACUUAUCUGACUAUUCGGCUUCUCCACUUAUGUCAAGGGGAAAUGACUGCAUGGUUGAUCAAGUAAAUUACCCAGCCAUGAAAGCAUGCACAGAUCUUGGUGAUGGUAUCAAUGUGAACCAUCAUGAAAUGAGACUGCAUGAAAUCAACACACUUGAUUGGGAUGAGCUUUUAUUGCUGAGUGAUCCCACCGAAGCAACUUUAACUACUAAAGAACAGACUCCAUACCUUCAUCAAGACAACCAACCUGCCGCAUUUACAUCAGAAAAUAAUGGUAGCAUUUUGUCAACUGGAAACCCUCAUCUUGAUAUGCUGACUUCUGGAAAUUCUAUGAACCCUGUUGCAGGGACAAGUCCUGCACAAUUCAGUAAUGUGGGUGACAUGUAUCUUUCCUUGAUGGGGGUUCAAAAAGAUCCAAAGGUGGAAGGAAAAAUCUAUGAUAUGGGGACUGUAGGUGCAGGGAAUUUAUCAAACAAAAUGGCAAAAGAUGGUUUGCAAAGUCAAGACAGCUUUGGAAGGUGGAUGAAUGAAAUUAUAGUCGACUCGCCUGAGUCAGUGGAUGAUCCUUCAUUUGAAUCUUCUGGAGCAACUAGUCAUGGAUCUCUUGUGUCUUCAGGAGCAGUAAAUCAUGAAGGACCUGUCCCAGCACAGAUCUUCUGUAUAACUGAUAUCUCACCAACAUGGACAUUUUCAACUGAAGGAGCAAAGAUAUUAGUUGUUGGAUUCUUUCACCAAGAAUACCGACACUUAGCAAAGUCAAUUGUAUAUUGUGUGUGUGGUGACACAUGUGUUCCUGCUGAAAUUAUUCAAGUUGGAGUGUUUCGCUGUAUGGUUUCGCCCCAGAGUCCUGGAUCCGUGAACUUUUACUUGAGCAUUGACUGUAGCACACCCAUAAGUCAAGUGCUUACUUUUGAGUUCCGUCCUCCAGCAAUUACUAAUCAAGCUGUUAGAGAGGAUAAUUCUCAGUGGGAUAUGUUCCGGAUACAGAUGAGACUUGCAUUUUUGCUUUUUACCACAUCAAGGAGCCUUGACAUUCUAUCUAGCUUAGUGUCACAGAGUGCUUUAAAAGAAGGGAAAAAUUUUGCUCUCAAAUACUCAAAUGUUGCUGAUAGCUGGGCUUAUUUUGCAAAACUAAUACAAAGUGGUAAGAUCACAUUGGAACGAGCUAAAGACAAUUUGUUUGAACUCUCUAUUAAGAGCAGGCUUAAGGAGUGGUUGUUGGAAAGAGUAGUUGAUGGCAGUAAAAUCUCUGAACGUGAUGAUGAAGGUCAAGGAGUUCUGCAUUUGUGUGCUAUCCUUGGUUAUACAUGGGCAAUUUAUUUAUUUUCCUACAGCGGCUUAUCAUUGGACUUCAGGGAUAAGUUUGGAUGGACUGCUCUUCAUUGGGCUGCAUAUUACGGGAGGGAGAAUAUGGUUGCUGUCCUUCUCUCUGCUGGAGCAAAGCCAAACUUGGUUACUGAUCCAACUUCUGAUAACCCUGGUGGGUGCACAGCUGCUGAUGUUGCAUUUAAGCAGGGUUUUGAGGGCUUAGCUGCUUAUCUUUCUGAAAAGGCUUUGAUUCAGCAAUUUGAAGAUAUGAAGGUUGCAGGAAAUGUUGGUGGCUCUCUUGAAACCCACACUUAUGAGACUGCGAAUCCCAGCAACAUAACUGAAGAGGAUCUCUAUCUGAAGGAUUCCUUGGCAGCUUAUCGUACAGCAGCUGAUGCUGCUGCACGCAUACAAGUUGCUUUUAGGGAGAAUGCACUCAAGCAAAAGACGAAAACUGUUGAAUUCUUAAACCCAGAGACUGAAGCACAAUAUAUUGUUGCAGCAAUGAAGAUACAGCAUGCUUUCAGAAACUAUGAGUUACGGAAGCAGAUGGCUGCUGCUGCUCGCAUACAACAUAGAUUCCGGACAUGGAAAUUUCGUAGAGAAUUUCUCAAUAUGCGACGAAAAGCUAUCAAAAUUCAGGCUGCAUAUAGGGGCUUCCAAGUGCGCCGCCAAUACCGAAAAUUUAUAUGGUCUGUUGGGAUUCUUGAGAAAGCAAUACUGAGAUGGCGACUGAGGAGGAAAGGUCUCCGUGGUGUUAAGGUUGAAAUUGAGGAGCCUGUUGAUGAUCAGAGGCGAGAUAGUGACACAGAGGAAGACUUCUAUCGAGCUAGCAGGAAACAAGCUGAGGAGCGUGUUGAAAAAGCUGUAGUCCGUGUACAAUCUAUGUUCCGUUCAAAGCAGGCACAGCAAGAAUAUCGAAGGAUGAAAUUAGCUCAUACACAAGCACAGCUUCACUUCGAAGAUUCAGGCAAUCCUAAUGGCUAUAUGACCGAUAUAUAGUCAGCUGCACGUUAGAAUUUUUUCGUGGGAGCGUAUUAUGGUUAUAUGGGGAAAGUGAUGCUGUUUCAGCUCUGUACAUGUCUUGUAAAGGUGUAGAUAUGUAGAAUUGGUCAGUUUGCCCCGCACGUAGUACUACCCUUCGAGUCAGGGGCUCAUGCAAGCCUCUGAGAAUUGCCCUUUCUUUUCUUUUUUUUGGAGGGAGGUGGACUUUUAUCAUAUAAGAUUACUGUUGGAGGACAGAAUACUGGUUCACCUUCAGCUGUAAAAACUUUAGGUUAUCUGUGUUGCAUAAAUCUAAUUAGGACAUAAUUCUGGUUCUCUAUUGAUAUACCUGCUCACUCAUCCAAUCUUUAUA